AUGUCAUUAUUAUCAUUCGUAUUUAUUUGGUUAGAUAAACGUAUUGGAAAUUUACCUGGUGAAAAUCAAAAAUUAAAAGAAAAAUUUCGAAAACUUCUUUCACCAAUACGACAAUUUGAUAAACCAGCAUCAUGUUUGGAUUCUAUUGAACUAUCAUUUAAAGAUCGAUGUGUUCUUUUUUUAACAUCAAAUCAUUUUGCUGAUGAAGAAUUUCUUAAAAAACUAGCUUCAUUAUCAAAUGUUUAUCGUAUUUAUAUAUAUAAUCAAGAAGGAAAUUAUUAUCAAUUUGUUGAUAAAAAUCUUGCCAAGAAAAUGGGUUUAGAAAGAAUUAUACAAUUUGAUGAACAACUUUAUAAACAAAUUAUUUUCGAUUUAAUUAAAAUAUAUUCAAAGGAAUCUGAUCAAUCAGGACAAUCAAAACAAGCUAAACAAUUACUCGAAUCUGCCGUUAAAUUACUCGAUACUAUCGAGGAUAAAGAUGAAGAUUUACAAGAAAUAGAAACAUAUUUAAUAUCUCGAAUACAUAAUAUUAAAUAA